UUGGGCCGCCGGCCGCGCAGCGCCCCCCAUCCUCCAGGCCCUUCCUGUCGGGUGACCCAAGCACUUGUGAUAGCGGCCUGCGCGGUGGCGCUGAUCACCGUGGGCGUGGCGGCCCAGCUUUUCCUGAAUCAGACUGUCAACCAAGGGGCCACCCCUGGCUCCCUGGUGCCCGUGGUCAUCAUCGCAGUGGGCGCCUUCCUCUUCCUGGUGGCCUUUGUGGGCUGCUGUGGGGCCUGCAAAGAGAACUACUGUCUGAUGAUGACGUUCGCCAUCUUCCUGUCUCUCAUCAUGCUGGUGGAGGUGGCCACUGCUAUUGCCGGUUACAUGUUCAGGAAUAAGGUGAUGUCAGAAUUUAACGAGAACUUCCGGAAGCAGAUGCAGGAUUAUCCCAGGAACAAUCGUACAGCUCUGGUCCUGGACAAGGUGCAGCAGGAGUUUCAGUGCUGCGGGGCUGUUAACUACACGGACUGGGAGCACAUCCCCGCCAUGGGCAAGGAGCGGGUGCCCGACUCCUGCUGCCGGAACGUCACGCAGGGCUGCGGGGACAAGUUCAAAGUGGAGGACAUCUACAGGGAGGGCUGCGUGGAGAAGGUUGGGGUCUGGCUGAGGAAAAACGUGCUGGUGGUGGCCGGCGUGGCCCUCGGCAUCGCUGCUGUGGAGGCCCUGGGGGUUGUCUUGGCUUGCUGCCUUGUCAGGAGUAUCCGAAGUGGCUAUGAAGUGAUGUAGGGUCUUGUCCCUUCAGCCCCCUCGUCUAGGGGCGUGGCGUACUCCCGGUUUUUCAAUAAAACAUUAUUUUUUCAGACUGAAAA